AUGUCCCAGACCCAGACCAUCACCGUCACCGCCGAGCCCACGCUCGAGGGCUACGACGCCGAGCAGGUCCGCCUCAUGGAGGAGCGCUGCAUCCUCGUCGACGACACCGACAAGGCCUACGGCGAGGGCAGCAAGAAGAAGUGCCACCUCAUGACCAACAUCAACGAGGGCCUGCUGCACCGCGCGUUCUCCGUCUUCCUCUUCCGCCCCUCGGACGGCCGCCUCCUGCUCCAGAAGCGCGCCGACGAGAAGAUCACCUUCCCUACCAUGUGGACCAACACCUGCUGCUCGCACCCUCUUUACAUCAAGAGCGAGCUCAUCGAGGAGAACCAGCAGGGUGUCAAGAACGCCGCUAUCCGCAAGCUCCCCCAGGAGCUCGGUAUCCCCGAGUCGCAGCUCAAGCCCGAGGACUUCCACUUCCUCACCAGGAUACACUACCUUGCUCCUUCGGACGGCAUGUGGGGAGAGCACGAGAUCGACUACAUUCUCUUCGCUACCCUCGACGUCGACCUCGACCUCAACCCCAACGAGGUCUCGGACGCCACCUACGUGUCGCGUGACGAGCUCGCUGCCAUGUUCGCCGACCCCAAGCAGAGCUUCACCCCCUGGUUCCGCCUGAUUGCCCGCGACCUCCUCCUGCCCUGGUGGGGUGAGAUGCUCGAGAAGUCGACCGCGGCCGGCUGGGACGAGAAGGCCGGCAAGGGUGUCGUCCGCGCCGACCUGCUCGCCAACGGCCCCAAGGUCAACGACCUCAUCAAGAUGGUCUAA